UAUUCGCCGUGGUUACCAGGUGUAUAAGCAGGUGUGUGCAGCCUGCCACAGUUUGGAUUACCUGGCCUUUAGAAACCUGGUGGGGGUGACGCACACAGAGGAGGAGGCGAAGGCUAUAGCUGAAGAGUUUGAGAUCGUGGACGGUCCAGAUGACAACGGCGAGAUGUUCACACGGCCGGGGAAGCUUUCGGACUACUUCCCGAAGCCGUACCCCAACCCCGAGGCGGCCCGCGCCGCCAACGGGGGGUCUCUCCCUCCGGACCUCAGCUACAUCAUCCUGGCCAGAGAAGGAGGCGAGGACUACGUGUUCAGCCUGUUGACGGGUUACUGCGACCCGCCGGCGGGAGUGCCCGUGAAGGAGGGGCUCUACUUCAACCCCUACUUCCCCGGUCAGGCUAUCGGCAUGGCUCCGCCCAUCUACAACGAGGUCCUGGAGUUUGAAGAUGGAACCCCCGCCACCAUGAGUCAGGUAGCUAAAGACGUCUGUACUUUCCUGAGGUGGGCCGCAGAACCGGAGCACGACCAACGCAAACGAAUGGGCUUAAAGUUCUUGAUGGGCAUGGUCAUCAUCAUUCCUACGCUCUACUACAUGCAUAGGCACAAGUGGACGGUGCUGAAGAGCAGGAAGAUGAUCUACAGGCCUCCAAAGUAAAAUCAAACCAACCCCCACUGACCUGGGCCUGAAACUGAGAAGGCUGCGUUCAAUGACCCCACAUUCCUCAGUCCAGGAGGUUCAUAGAAACUCAUAAAAGCUGAUCAGCACGUACACGCCUUUCUUCAGGCGGUAGGGUUCGAAUCCUGACUCGUUCGUUUCAGUGAGAAAUGCCUUCUUUUAUUUAGCAGCAUCUUUAGGAUAAUCCUGUGUGAGGUUUUUAUUUUGUAUCUGACAGAGAUCUGUGGUGUUCUUGAACGCUCCCUCCUCGGUUCUCAUCCUCACGUCCGGUUUGGGCCACGCUGUCACAGCUGACUGAUAAGUUGAUUGAUUGGCUUAUCUUUGUAAGAUACGAUCCGACCGCGGAGACGCUGCCCGGCGGUCCGGUCUCAGUUUGUGACGUUCUGAGUUGAUGUGAGUGCACUCACUGUCCUAUAAAACAUAAACUUCUGUUUUACUGUGUAAAAUAAAUUAUCUCAAAGGAUU